GGAGUAGGAAAGAGGUUACAAGAGAUACAUAGUACAGCAAAGCGUUUUUUUCACAAAUAUUCAUAGAAAUUUUUUUUGCUGGAAUGUCAGAUAGAGAUUAGUGGGCGCUCAACAACUCUUUAUUUUCUUUUUUCUCACUCUUAUCCAUACUUGCUGAGUACUGACCUCUCUUUGUUUUUAUUGUCUUAUUAUAUAUGGAUGUGUGUGUUCUCUGUCCUUUUGUUGCUUCACACACACACACACACACUCUUGUCUCUCUAUAUAUACAGCAGUUGAGAACCACAUGUAGUGUCUGCACCAAUUGACUAUACAAAACCAACCUCUUUCUGUUGUCUUAUUGCCCAACUCAGAAUAUGUCUUGCUUCUGAUUUGGUCUCUUCAUAUCUCUGUCUCUGUUGGGUUGUUCAAUUGAUCUUUCUAUAUUGUUUUAUGAUACAAUUUCCCAUAACAGACUCUAGAUUUGAGGUGGGUUUUGGGUUUUCUUUAUUUGGGUCAUGGAUGUCUCUUGUGAUCUUGAAGUGGAUGUCAAUGGGGAAGAGGUUUUCAUUGUGGACAAGGUCCUUGAAGACAUAUUGGGUGGUAGGCUUUCCAUAUUUCCCUUGCUUCUAAACUGUUUUCUAUUGGUUCUUGAAGACAUUUUGGGUGGUAGUAUUUCUUUUGAUCUUACGCGAAUUAUACUGGGACAGUCUUGAAGACAUAUUGGGUGAAAAUAAUUUCUUCAUAUUCAGGAAGAAUAAGAAAAUUAUUCAGUAAAUUGACGGGUGGGGCGAAGAGUCUGAAGGUGAUAUUCCAUGACUUCCCAGGAGGGGCAGAGAGUUUUGAGCUCAUGACACGGUUCUGCUACAACAAUGGAAAAGUUGAAAUUAAUCCCUUGAAUCUCUCUCUCUUAUACUGCAUUGCAAAUUUCAUGGAAAUGAACAAAUCUGUCUCUGGAUCAAUCAGUUUACUUGAGCAAACUGAGAAAUCUCUUGAAGAGAUCAGGUACUGGACAUGGUCCGAGCUUUUGGUAGCCCUGAAUCAGUGUCAAGAUUUACUUCCUGUUGCGAAUUCUUCGGGUAUACUUAUAAAAUGCUUGGAUUCUCUGUUUGGAAGGCUUGCAUUGGGCAACGAAACGAGUCCAUGCCCAUCUAUUUCUUCAACUGAUAGCUUUGGGAUUCGGUUUUCUUGUGACACUAGAAGCACUGAGAGCUUGAAAAAUAGCUCUUUUCGAGCCACAUGGUGGUUUGAAGAUCUUGUGGCUUUCAAUCCUAACUUGGUUGAAAUGUUGACAAAAUCAAUGGUUUCCCGGAAAUUCGACCAUGUCAUCAUAAGCCGGUUCCUCUUUUAUUACCAGAAAUCAAGGUUUAUUCUAGCUACAUCUGAUGAGAAAAGGAAAAUCAGUGAGACUGUAGUCAACAUGCUCUAUUCUCUAGAUCAGAAUGCCAUUUCUUGCAAGAGUUUAUUUGGGAUUCUUAGAGUUACUCUGAAUUUAAACAUAAGCAAAUGUUGCAGGAACAAGUUAGAGAGCAUGAUCGGUUCACAGAUGGACCGAGCAACCCUAGACAAUCUGCUUGUUCCAUCUCCAAUUGGAUCAAAUUGUCUAUAUGAUGUGAAUUUGGUUCUGAGAUUUUUGAAGUCAUUUCUUGGCAAAGGAGUAAGUUGUGUGCCAUUGGUUCAACUGAAGAAAGUUUCUAGCUUGAUGGACUUGUACAUAGCAGAAGUAGCACCUGAUCCUUGUUUAAAACCAUCAAAAUUUUUGGCUCUAGUUAGGGCCCUUCCAGAUUCUGCCCGAGAAUCCUAUGAUGGAAUCUACCGUGCCAUGGACAUGUAUCUAGAGGUCCAUGCUAGAUUAACCGAAGAGGAACAGAUAAAGUUGUGUUGUGGACUGAAUUAUGAGAAGCUCUCAUCAGAAGUUUGCAACCGCCUUGCUCAGAAUGAAAAAUUCCCAUCAAAAUUGGCUAUCCAAGCUCUCUUCUCUCAGCAGUGCAAGCUCAAAAGCUUGCUCACAGAGACCAACCAAACAAAACCCUUCAUCGAUUCACCACUUAGUUUUGUGGACAUUGAUACAAAGGGAAAGGAAGAUGAGAGCUGUGAACAAAUUGUGGUUUAUGCUGGAAAGCUUGAUCUUUCAGCCGAGAACGAGAAGCUCAGGGCACAUCUGCAAGGUAUGCAGUGGAGGGUACUUGAAUUGGAGAAAGAUUGCAGAAAAAUGCAAUCCCAAAUGACAAAGAUCAUGAAAUCAAGAUUAUCAAGCCACAGUAAUGCUAAAUCUUUACCCAGGCUAUGUUCAUGACAGAUAAUUUUCAUUUAAAAAAAAGGUUUAUUCAUAAUAACUUCCUUACAUUACAUGUGUAUUUACAUAAUGGGAAAUGAGCAUUCUGUGAUUGUAAAAUUUAAGGCCAGUGACAGCAGUGUUGAAGUCUUGUCUGUAUAUGUUAUAAACAGUGAAAAAAAUAAUAAUUUGUUCAUUCUGCGGUCUGAGGAA